CUUGGAGUGUCCUAAUCGUAUGUGACGUCAUUAAAAUGGCUGCCAAAGUUGGGACAAUAUUUUUUAGACAACGCAAGAUCGGUGAUUUCCGAAGUCUACGUUGGCUUGAUUUAGCCUACAAGCAGAGACCUCGGUAUGGCUGUGUGUGCUACAGCAGUCUCCCUCAGGAACAGAAGGAGAAGAUAACCAAAGGGCCAGGUCUGGGGGACUUCAUCAGUGGUGAGGUGGAGAGCACUGACAGCUGGGAGGAUUACAUGGGGAAACUCAGGCUAGAAAAGGGAGACAAGAGACUGAGACUGCCUCCAUGGUUAAAGAAAGAAAUCCCAAUUGGCAAGAAUUACCACAAUCUCAAGGGAACAUUGAGAGAGCUGAACCUUGCAACAGUAUGUGAGGAAGCAAAGUGUCCCAAUAUUGGAGAAUGUUGGGGAGGGGGAGAGGACAAAACAGCUACCGCAACUAUCAUGGUAAUGGGGGACACCUGUACGAGAGGCUGCAGGUUUUGCUCAGUGAAGACAGCGAGGAGUCCUCCCCCACUGGAUCCAAAUGAGCCAGUCCACACGGCAGAGGCCAUCUCCAGAUGGGGGGUGGACUAUAUAGUCAUAACAUCAGUGGACAGAGAUGAUGUCGCUGAUGGUGGCUCAGCUCACUUUAGUGAGUGUGUGAAAGAGAUAAAAAGGAGGAUACCAUCUAUGUUGGUGGAGUGUCUGACACCAGAUUUCAGGGGAGAUAUGGAGGCUGUGGCAACAGUGGCACAGUCAGGACUGGACGUUUAUGCACACAACAUAGAGACUGUCAAGAGACUUACACCGUUUGUGCGUGACCCGAGAGCAAAGUAUGACCAGUCCCUGCAGGUCCUGUCCCAUGUGAAGAAGACUGUACCUGACAUGGUGACUAAGUCCUCCAUCAUGCUGGGGCUGGGAGAGACUGAUCAGGAGGUCAGGACGGCAAUGGAAGAUUUACGGAGAGUGGGGGUGGAUUGUCUUACCCUUGGCCAGUACAUGCAGCCCACCAAGAGACACCUCAAGGUCCAGGAGUAUGUAACCCCCACCAAGUUUAAGCACUGGGAAGAGGUAGGAGGUGAGAUGGGGUUUGCCUAUACAGCAAGUGGACCCCUGGUCAGGUCUUCCUACAGGGCAGGUGAGUUUUACAUAAAGAACCUCCUGAACAAGAAGAGAACUGAGGCCACCCUGGAUACAAGUAGUCAAGAGUCAUAAUUCCUUCCCAUUUUUGGUGGGAGGUAUCUAGUGUGACUGUAUGUAACUAAUGGUGACCAAGACAUAGGUGACGAAGAGAUAAAUGCAAGUUAUCUCACAUGUACAACUUUGUUGUUAUGCCUUUGAAAUUCAAACUUUGAGUUGCAAUGGAUUUGUAAAUUAUGUGUGUUGUAUGUGAGGUAGCCAUCUGGCAGCAAAUUUAUAUUGGGAAUCUUGGCAAAGGUUAAACCUUGAAGCUAUGAUGAUAAGAGUAAUGGUAGAGCAUGUAAAACUACAUCCAAAUAAGAUUUUGUUGUGAUUGGAAUGAGCAUGGAGUAUUAUAUCAUUGUGUAGUCUGGAUCUGGGAAUGUAUGCAAGAACCAGUAGUUGGACAGAGCUGCUGGUAUUGAAGAGCCACCUGUCAGUGAUGUGCAGAACUGCACUAGUGUGCACUGCAAGGACAACUAAUGCAAUGUACAGGGAUAGAGUAGACCAACAAACUCAACUCAUGCCUUUCUCAUAUUUUGGUGGCUUAGUAAUCUUCUCAAUAAAGUGGUAAUA